AGAGACUAUGCCUGAGUGGCAAAUUGUUUGGUCGUAUUUGCUCUGAGGCUUAGAACUAGCAAACUUUAUUUGCUGUAUCAACACGUUAGGCAGGCUAGAACAGCUCAAGACCGUCAAGACCGUCAAGAUUAACGAUAAUGGCCUCAAGACCCACCGUUACUGUCCAAUCCGUCUCCGGAGAGGCUUCGACCUCCCUUCCCCUUCCUGCCGUCCUCACAGCUCCCAUCAGGCUUGAUGUAGUCGCCCAGGUUCACAAGAGCAUGGCGAAGAACAGGCGUCAGGCUUACGCUGUCAGUGAGAAGGCCGGUCACCAGACUUCCGCUGAGUCCUGGGGUACUGGUCGCGCCGUUGCACGUAUUCCUCGUGUCGGUGGUGGAGGUACCCACCGCUCUGGUCAGGCUGCCUUUGGAAACAUGUGCCGUGGCGGUCGCAUGUUCGCCCCUACCAAGACUUGGCGCAAAUGGCACGUCAAAGUCAACCAAAAUCAGCGCCGCUUCGCUACCGUCUCCGCACUCGCAGCUUCCGCGCUCCCAUCCCUUGUUCUCGCCCGCGGUCACCGCAUCGAGCAAAUCGCUGAGGUGCCUCUCGUCGUUGAGAACGCAGCAGAGUCCUUCAAGAAAACCAAGGAGGCCAUUACUCUCCUCCAGGCCCUGAAUGCAUACACCGAUGUCACCAAGGUUUCCAACUCGCGCAAACUCCGUGCAGGAAAAGGCAAGAUGCGCAAUCGCCGCUACCGUCAACGCCGUGGCCCUCUUGUUGUCUUCAAAGAAGACAACGGCAUCGUCAAGGCCUUCCGCAAUUUGCCUGGUGUCGAACUCGUCAAUGUCCAAAGGUUGAACCUUCUCCAACUCGCUCCUGGUGGACAUCUCGGCCGCUUCGUCAUCUGGACAGAGGGCGCCUUCAGCCUCCUUGAUGAGGUGUUCGGUACCUUCGACAAAGCCUCAUCGUACAAGAAGGACUACCUUCUUCCCACCGCCAAGAUCUCCAACCCCGACGUCACUCGUCUCAUCAACAGCACUGAGAUUCAAUCCGUCGUCCGCCCCGCAGGUCCCAGGGUCCAGAAGCGCCCAUGGACGCAGAAGAAGAACCCUCUCGUCAACAAGGGCGUGCUCUUCCGCAUGAACCCUUACGCCAAGACCCUCCGCAGACAAGAGUUGCUCAAACAGGAGCGUGUCAAGGCACAAAAAGACAAGAAGGGAAAGAAGGCCAAGGGAUCCUCUGCUGGAGAGGCUUUCCUCAACACGUUGUUCGCUCCUUAAGUAUGUUAAAGCUAUGGUUACCUACAUCUACGUCGAUUGCCUUCGCAAGCCCUUAUGCAUUCAUGCCAUGCAAAAAUUGUCAAUCAUGGAGACUCCUUUGCCAGUGAUUUCAAAUGCAGUUCCACUCCAUUCCCAUUUGGUCAAGAAGAAGUAUGUUCAGUAAAGUUAUGGUUCAGCCAAGUCUUCUGUCAAAGUGUGGAUGCAUUCUUAUACAGUUCAGCC